CAUAAUAGCAUAGCUUUCCAAUAGAAGUGACUUCCUGCUCCUUAAGAAAAACAACACAGUCCCGCGCCGGUGGGACGCUUGUCAUCAUGGCUGUGUUGUGGUGUGAAUUGUGACGACUAACGCCAAGAUGAUGAACGACAUCCUAGAGGAACCGGAGAAGGACAUCUUGUUUGGAGCGCAGUCGGAGCCACAAGUUUUGCCGGGCCCCAGUAAUGGCACAAGACCUAAGACCGCCGACGGAGGGAUGAAGCCGCUGGAGAAAAGAGGACCUUACAUCAUGUCCAGAGCUACAGCGAUCCACCUCAAACUACAGAGACACCGAGAGAUGGCGAGAAAGGCGCUAAAGAAGAAAGCCCUCUCACCGGGUGCUCCAGUGACGCAUCAGCCCCGGCAGGGAUCCAAGAGGACGGUGAAGUACAACAAGGGCUACGCUGCUUUGAGUCAGCACGCUGAGGACCCUUUGGUUGCCAUGGACUCGGACAGCGAUGAAGAGAUCGAUUUUGAGCAGUAUUCAUCGGGAUACUCUUCAGCUGAGGUCCAUCCUGAUUUAAGCAAGCAGCUUCUCCAGGACGGCUACCGCCUGGAUGAGAUCCCCGACGACGAGGACCUGGACCUGAUCCCUCCCAAAGCCAUGAGCUCCUCCGUGUGCUGCUGCGCCGAGGGCCCGUCCUGCUCCACGCAGUGACCCCCCCCCGGUGCCCAUCCUUCACACCACUUCCCGCCCCUGACUUUAGUCACCGGUGCCUGAGGCCCUGUCUCUGACCUGGCUCCGCCGCUGUGCUGCCUGAGGACUUCCAGCUCUGAAGCCAAACCCCCCCCCCCCGGGACCACGCGCAGCGAGAUUGCCCGACCCAUGCGGCCCAAGAACAAGCCUUAUUCACUGUGACCUCCAAAGCGUGACCUGGUGUUCUUUUUAUUGAACCUCAUGAGAUGCUUACUAUGGCCGCGCUCCGACUAGAGCGGCGUGUAUAUUAUCGGAUGUGUCCUCGUUGACUUGGUGGGUGGUUCGUCUUUUCCAUCUCAUGUUCCGGCUAUCAGCCGCCUGUAUGAAGGGCCCUCGCGUGAUCAUUAACAUUCCCUAUUGUUGCAUUAACUGGAUGUUUACCUGUUUCGCUUCCAUGAAUCUCUCCUCAAAUACUUUGACAACACCUAGUCAAACAAAAUCAACUCAAUGUUUUUUUUAUAAGAAGCAGAUAACUAAAUGAAAGAUGAUUCAGUUUCAAGUCAUUAGUUUUUCUGCUAAUAUUGCUACAAAAGUGUAGAAGAGAAGGCUGACUUAAAGUUGUCUUCUGCUCCUCCCACAGUAUUUGCUGAGAAGACAGAGUUUUAUUACUUUUUUACAGGCCGUCGUUGAGCAAACAGCGACAUACCAAAAAGAAAGUUGUCCUAGGAGCGAUGCCCUGGUUGUUACACUGCCGUGUAUGACCCAAAACAUGUUGGCAGAUGAGCCGCUAAUGUCCUUUUGAGGGAUUUACCGAUGCGAUCUACAAUCUCUGUGAUGUAGAAAAUGCAUUUAACUCUUGAACCAUGUUCAAGAAAAAGAUCCUUGAGGAAGGGAUUGUGUCCUUUUAAAAAAGAGUGUGUGUGUUAAGGGACCAGUCUAAGGUUUGGACACACUUUCUCGUUGAAUUGGUUACUUUUGCUGCGUCAUCUGAAACACAUCAUGAUGUGUGUGUUUGUGUUACAAGCCUUUAUUUAUUUAUUAGUGCAUUCGUUGAGGACACUAGACUUGGUUACUGCUCAAAACCAGUAAGCCACAUUUGUAUAAGGAUUAACACAUUUGGAUACCCAUGUUAUUUGCUGCCCAUUUUUGCAUACAUCCAUUUGUGUUAGAAUUAUUUCCAUUUUUGUUGUUGUGAUGUGCCGAUUGCCGUUUUCUACACAACAGAAAAUGGCAGUCCCUUUCUUUUCCCACUUCAAAAGACGUAUGUUGUUACUCUCGUUUCAGUGUGGGUCAUAUUUUUUUUAAACUGAGUUAAAUGUGGACGCGCUCACUUUUUCACGAGAUUAGUUUUGUCGUGUGAGUGAGCAACAGGAAAGUGACAUUUUUUGGGAGGAAAAAAGUAGGAGCACUUGAUUUGUAUUUCCAUCAAUUCACUCGAGACUUUGCAAGGAAAAUGCUUUCUGUUGAAAAUGUCAGACACUUAUCACGGAGGGUCCGUUUCUCCUCUGCGCACUCCAUUGUUCCAAUGUGGGGGAUUUAGGAAUAAAGGCGGAUUCCUGCUAUUACACUAAGUGCGAGUCACUUGAUACAAGCGUGAGUUAAAUGCUUUAAAUGCAAGAGCUGUAUUGACCCCCGACCCUGGCUCUGCACAAUGUUUAUCUGUACACAAAUAUUGCACUUAACACCAGUGGUCAGUAGCAAGUACACUUGACUCACCUGUACUAUGCAACUAUUGGGACAAUCCGCUCGUUAUGCAACAUUGUGACUUGCUAUUGAAUGCUAAAUGCAAUAGCUUAGUUAUUUUAUAAUGGUAAACACUAAUCUUUUAUUAUUUGAUUGUACUGUUUAUUGGUUUAUAUUAAAAUAAAGAUAGUAUCUAUACUUC